CCUGUGUACACGCCUACAGGGGUGACAAAAGUCAGCCUGCUCCCUUCCGCAGAGAGGGGGAGCUGAGGUCCCUCGGGGUCACCCCCAGGGCUGCAGGCCCAGCCAGGCUGAGACUUAAACUCCUGUCGGUCACCCUCCCUCUGCCUCUGAGCCCCGCCUACUUCCUACCUGACUUUACUGCUCCCUCGGCCAGGGCCACAAUGAGCGAGGUGGGAAUUGGGAUGCCGGCUCCCCUCUGUGGGAGUGAGGAGGGGUGUCUGGCCUUGCCUCCCUGGUCCAGCAGGGGGCGCUAUAUAGCAGCCCCCGUCUGCUUUCCGGAGUGGGCGCCUCGGAGAGAGCGGGGAGCAGGAUCCUUGGGGUUCUGGCCACAGGCGCCAAGUGCACAGACACCAUGGCAUGGGGUGACCCUGGCGCCGGCGGGCCAGCAGGACUGGCCGUGGGACGCCCGGGCAGUGAGGGAGUUAACCACAGCAGCUCGCUCCUCUCUACAAGGAAAAACUCCCCACAGCCGCCUGUUGCCUGGCUUCCAGCCAGGGCCGAGAGCAGGGGCUGAGAACCGGAGUGCAUGCGCUCGGCAGCUCUGCUCUGCAGUGAGCACUCGGAGAGUGGCAGCCCUGCCGGCCACCAGCAGUCCCUCCACCCUCCCACCUGCCUGCCUGCUGUCUGCCUCUGAGCCUGUCUGUCCAGCCGCCUGUAAGUCCAUCUCUUUCCAGGUGUCCAUCCUCCCUGUCUUGCUGUCCUGCCCGUCGACCCAUCUGCUACCUGUCCUUGUCCACCUGUCCGAUCAUCUGUGAGCUCACCUGCACAUCUUCCUCUCUGUUCACCUGUCUGUCUGUCCAUCCGCUGGCGCAUCUGCCCACCUGCCUCCCCUCUCCCGCUGGGCCACGGAGCCAUGGCCUGGGGCCGCGGCGCCACCACCAGCCUCGUCCUGCUCGUGCUGGCCCUGGCGCUGGCCAUCAUCGUUCCAGCCGUGGUCCUUUCCCGCCACCGCACCCGCUGCGGCCCCAAGGCUUUUGCCCACGCUGCGGUGGCUGCUGACUCCAAGGUCUGCUCCGACAUUGGACGGGCCAUCCUGCAGCAACAGGGCUCACCUGUGGACGCCACCAUCGCCACUCUGGUCUGCACUGGCGUCGUCAACCCUCAGAGCAUGGGCCUGGGCGGAGGGGUCGUGUUUACCAUCUACAACGCAACGACAGGGAAAGUGGAGGUCAUCAAUGCCCGGGAGACGGUGCCAGCAGGUGGCGACCCUGACCUGCUGAGCGGCUGUGAGCAGGCACUGCCGCUGGGCACAGGGUCCCAAUGGAUCGGGGUCCCUGGGGAGCUCCGUGGCUACGCCGAGGCCCACCGCCGCCACGGCCGCCUGCCCUGGGCGCAGCUGUUCCAGCCCACCAUCGCGCUGCUGCGGGGGGGUUACCGCGUGCCCCCUGUCCUCAGCUACUUCCUGCACAGUGACUUCCUGCGGCCCUCGCUCAACGCAUCCUCCCUGAGGCAGCUCUUCUUCAAUGGGACAGAGCCCCUGCAGCCUCAUGAUCCCUUCCCGUGGCCUGCGUUGGCUGCCACCCUGGAGGUAGUCGCGGCCGAGGGCGCCGAGGUGUUCUACACGGGGAGGCUGGGCCGGAUGCUGGUGGAAGACGUUGCCAAGGAAGGAGGCCAGCUGACCCUGCAGGAUUUGGCUGCCUUUCAGCCGGAGGUGGUGGAUGCCCUGCAGGUGCCCCUGGGGGACUUCACACUGUACUCGCCGCCGCCGCCUGCAGGGGGCGCCAUCCUUGGCUUCAUCCUCAACGUGCUGAGAGGGUUCAACUUCUCAGCAGAGUCGCUGGCCAGGCCUGAAGGGAUCGUGAGUGUGUACCACCACAUUGUGGAGACCCUCAAAUUUGCCGGGGGGCAGAGGUGGCGGCUGUGGGACCCCCGCAGCCACCCAGAGGUACAGAACGCCUCCCAGGCCCUGCUCGGGGAGGAGCUGGCUCAUCUCAUCCGCCAGCAGAUGGAUGACCGCGGCGACCACCAGCUCAGCCAUUACGGCCUGGUCGGGGCCGGGGACCACGGCCUGGGCACCUCCCACGUGUCUGUACUGGCGGAGGACGGCAGUGCCGUGUCUGCCACCAGCACCAUCAACACGCCCUUUGGAGCCAUGGUCUACUCUCCACGCACGGGAGUCCUCCUCAACAAUGAACUCCUGGAUCUAUGCUGGAGGCGCCCGCCAGGCUCUGGUGUCACCCCCGCACCCGUUCCAGGCGAGCGGCCCCCUUCGUCCAUGGUACCUUCCGUCCUGAUCAGUGCAGCCCGGGGGUCGAAGCUGGUGAUUGGUGGGGCUGGGGGGGAGCUCAUCAUAUCUGCCGUGGUCCAGGCUGUCGUGAACAAACUGUGGCUUGGUUUUGACCUGGGAGCGGCCAUUGCAGCUCCGAUCCUGCACGUGAACAGCCAGGGCCGCGUAGAAUAUGAACCCAGCUUCAGUCAGGAGGUGCAGAGGGGACUGCAAGAGCACGGCCAUAGCCAGAGCCCUCGGCCCUUCUUCCUGAACGUGGUCCAGGCCGUGUGGCAGGAGGGGGCCUGUGUGCAUGCCGCGUCGGACCCAAGGAAGGCCGGGGAGGCCGCCGGCUACUGAGGAGACCACUGGCCGGGAGCCAGGCCUGGCCACCGGACAGAGUGCGGCGGCAGGGAGCCAGCGGACCCAGCCUGCUGGAUGGACACCGGUGGGGGCGGAGCCUCUGCCCUGGCCUCGCCCUCCUCGUGGCCCUGCCCCGGCCCCUUGCCAGUCCUGGCAAGCUGUGUAUCCUGAACUCAAGGAUUAAAGAGGGGGGCCACCGCCAUGGCUUACUAGGUUAAUCCUCCGCCUGCAGCACUGGCACGCCAUAUGGGUGCCGGGUUCUUGUCCUGGUUGCCCCUCUUUCAGUCCAGCUCUGUGCUGUGGCCCGGGAGUGCAGUGGAGGAUGGCCCAAGUGCUUGGGCCCUGCACCCGCAUGGGAGACUGGGAGGAGGCACCUGGCUCCUGGCCAUCCAGGAGCGGCCAUUUGGGGGGUGAACCAGCGGAGGGAGUAUCUUUCUCUCUCUCUCACUCACUGUCUAACUCUAUCUGUCAAAUAAAAAUAAAUAAA